AUGAGUGCAUCUUCCUCCACCCUGAUGCGUCGUCUUGGUAGCGUAACUAGGAUCCGACGAUCGACCUCCGUGCGCCCCACUACCAUCCACACCGCCGCUAUCGUGGCGGUCCCCUACCAGAAUGCCAACCCACAAAGUCCCCCUACUACCACUGCACGAAUAGGACCAAUCCGCGAAUUCAGUACAGCCCACGCCACCGAUGCCGUUACUAACAGCGACACAGCGGAACGUAAUAGUGGUAGUGCCGCAGCUCCGGAGAAUGCCACGCCUACCGGCGAACUCUUUCGCCAGAACGGUGGUGCCGCCAAACACAUUGGCCCCACUCUGGUCGGUCAAAAGGCCGAAAUCGUCCGCGUCUUUGGUCCCCGCUCCAAUGCCGACGCCAUGUUGACCUGCGGGGGUCCCGUAUUGGCGGCCCACGCUUCCUUCGAUCCAGAGUACGAGCGCGCCCGACACUGGAUACGCCAUCACGCCGUCGGACCCGCCGUCCUCAGCCCCGUACUCAUCGCCGGUUUGACCGGUGCUCUCGUGGAAGCCGUCUUCCCACAAGCCGUCCCUCUCACACAGUCCAUGACUACACGCCGACCUCUCAUUGUCGGAGUUUCCGUGGUGGCGCAAAUUACCGUCGCCCAGGUUUCCGAAGGACCGGAUCCCGAGAGUACAACGGCCGAGGGACUCGAAACGCCGCGGUCCGAAAACGGCCGGGCUCCGCAACAACAACAACACGCAGGCAAGGGAUACACGGUGCAUUUGGAUACGCGAGUGCUGCGCGUACGGGACGACGCCGUUAUUGCGGAAGGGACGCACUGUAUAUGGAUUCCGGAUUAUUUGCGGAUGUAA